GCCACGUGCAGGCUGGAGAGACUCACCACGCUGUAAAGGUGGCUAGGAAGAGGAGUGGAGCGCCAGGCGAAGGCGAUGCAGCGUCGUCGCUAUGGAAAUGGAGUAGUAGCCGGCCUAUGCUUUCAUGUUUGACGGGGACGGUUUCCAAAUUCUUGCGAGAGACACUGGUUCGGGUGUUCCAGAUCAACGGACAGGCACUCUACGACAAAGGGACUAUCGAGUGGUGGCUGUCGCGAAAAGCCACGCGCUUGUUCCUGGCUACUGGGCAACGUCCUACAACAACAAAGAGCAAUGCGCAGGGACGAUGGGGUUUGGGCGUAGGCGUAGGUGGUUGUGGGGAGCGACACGUUGGUAUGUGGUCAAGUGUCGUGAAUGUGCUUGGGGGGACUAAACGAGCGGCGACGACGUUGAUAGGCAACGGUCAAAUUAUGGCGAGGCGCAGACUGAGAAUCGAAAAGGCGAUGGAAGGAGCGGUCGUGAUUCGGAGAAUCGUGCAAAGGGAGCGUAAGGCCAGGGAGCGGCGUCGUGAGUACGGAUUGUCUACAGGCGAUGAUGGGAUGGAUCCACGGGGAGGGCUGCCACGGGCGGGGGGAGUGCGCACUGGAGAUGGAUAAGUGCGCCCGUUGGAGGAUUGUCGGCGGGUGGUGGUGGUAGUAGUGGGAGGAGGAGACUCGGUGAGGCGAUCGGGGUGGUGAAGAGUAGGAGAUGAAGCGCAGCCGUCAGCACUGAGCACUCUGCCAGGCGUGCAGGCGCAACACGACAGGAAGCAGGGGCAAGCUGGC